UUUCUGCACUUCACAGAUUUUUUACAUUCCGCCGAAACAUAUUUAAUAAAUAUUGUGUAGUAAGGAGGGAAGGAAUUUUUAAACAAUAUUGCUGCAUUUGGGCAAUGAACGCAUACGAGUGAAUGUAAAUAUAUUAUGUGAUUGACUUUCGCGUUGUAAGAACCGCUUGCUUGGGUUAAGCCAAUCUAAAGCAAUAUCCGUCUAAAAUAUUUACAUUUUAAAUUUUGUUAUUGUAUAUAUCUACAUAUGUUUAAUUUGUGUUCCACAUAAUACACUUGCAUAUGCGUUAAUUGUGCGUGCAGCAGUCGUACCGGGACAAAAACUUUUAGACAAACCUGCUAAAAAAAUAAUAUAAAUAAAUUUGUGUUCGAGAACAUUACACGAAACCAACCAACAUUACUAUAGCAUUUUAAUCGCCACGUUCACACACCUACGCCCAACAGUAUCACAACAAAUAUCACUAGCCACCAUUCUCCAACACCACCACCACCACCUAAAUACAACAACUGCUACUACAACUUCCACCAACGCCACAACCAAAUACAACUUUCCGGUCAAGGUUACUGUAUGUUUGCGUCUUAAGAAAGGCGCUACUACAGUUGACAUUUAGAAACAACACCAUUAAGAAACAGAACCGAGCCCUUCCAUGCACCAUGGCCAAGAUGUAUGGAAAGGGUAAGACGGCUAUUGAAUCAGACGAUCAACAAAAAUUACGAUGGCAAGUUGAACUUGAAUUCGUACAGUGUCUGGCUAAUCCCAAUUAUUUAAACUUUUUAGCGCAACGCGGUUACUUUAAGGAUCAAGCAUUUAUAAAUUAUCUUAAAUAUCUGCAGUAUUGGAAAGAACCCGAAUAUGCCAAAUAUCUAAUGUAUCCGAUGUGUUUGUAUUUCCUUGAUUUAUUGCAAUACGAACACUUUCGACGUGAGAUUGUCAAUUCACAAUGUUGCAAGUUCAUCGAUGAUCAAGCUAUAUUGCAGUGGCAGCAUUAUACUCGUAAGCGUAUUAAAAUGUUUAAUAGUGUCAAUGGUAUGGGACAAAUGAAUGCUGGCGAUCAGGCUGCAAUGGAUGCACAACAGCAACAAAAUGCACAGCAAAAUCCACAGAAUCAACAGCAACCACAACAACAGGGACAACAGCAACCAGGAGCUGGUAACGUGCAUGCGGGCUUGCAAAAUGGUUUGGUGAAUAAUGCGCAACUCCAACAACAGCAGCAACAGCCCGCGCAGCCGGCACAACAGCAAAGUGUUGGCAAUGCAGUAAUGGGCAUGCCAAACGGCAAUAAUUCCGCCGCUAAUAGUAAUAACUGAAAAUUCUUUAAGAUUUUCAUAGUUUCUCUCCCAUUAGUUAAUAACUUAUUUAGACAUUGUAACAUUAAAUAUUAAUAUAGAAAGCAUUACUAUCUAAAAUAUU